AACGCAGCCAACGCGGCGCGGGAGCUGGUUAUCCAGAGGCUGACCUUUGUGGGGAACGCCUGUGAAAAUGAAGAACAGCGGUUGCUGGAGGAGGUGCACACGGAGGAGGAGCGAGCGCACCAGAGCAUCCUCACCCAGCAGGUGCACUGGACCGACGCUUUGCACAAGCUGGCUGCCCUCCGAACCUACCUGGUGGACGUGAUCACCAACCUGGAUGACCAGGGCUUGGUGCAUGCAGAAGAAGAGAUCUUCGAGAGGACAGAGGUGGCGGAGGGAAUCUUAGAGCCACAGGAGUCCCUGAAGUUAAACUUUAAUCAGAAGUGUGUUCAGAGUCCACUGCUGCAUCGACUUUGGGCCUCCGCUGUUCUCUGCUGCAUCGCAGGCUCCCAGGAGAUUCACAUCGAUGAGAAAACCAUCAGCCCCCACCUCAGCCUGUCAGAGGACAAGAAAACCCUGACCUUCAGCCCCAAGAAAGCAAAGGUGGACUUGGACUGCCCCGAGCGGUUUGACCACUGGCCCAAUGCUUUGGCUACUGCGGCUUUCCACUCGGGAGUCUGCGCGUGGAAGAUCAGCGUGGAGAAGAGCUGUGCCUACAAGCUGGGGGUUUGCUACGGCUCCCUGCCGCGGAAGGGGUCUGCCAACGAAGCCCGCCUGGGCUUCAACGCAGCCUCCUGGGUCUUCUCCCGCUACGACAAGGAGUUCAAGUUCCUGCACGCCGGUCGGCCGCAGGCGGUGGAGCUGAUCAAGUCUCCGGCUGAGAUCGGGGUGCUGGUUGACUUUGCGGGAGGGGAGGUGCUCUUCUACGACCCCAAUUCCUGCACCAUCCUCUUCUCCCACAGGGAGACCUUCACGGAGCCCCUCUAUCCCGUCUUUGCUGUGGCACAUGAGAGCAUCUCGCUUGUCCGGUGA